AGCGCCGAAGGGCCAAAAGAUUUCGCUUCCCUUUCUUUCCAUUAAUCCGCCCCCCGUGCGCUGUGUUAUCUAUCCAUCCGCCGCUUCCUCGCCUCCGCUCGCCGCAUCGCUUUUUAGGGUUUUCUCCUCCUCUCCGCGCACGCACGUCGACGAGGCCGGCAGCCUGCGCGGUCCACCCCUCCCGCCGAGAUGGGAUACAGCGAGUCCGCAUCGCCCGCAUCGGCGGCCACCGCGCGCGACGCGAAGAAGAGGAGGGGGAACAGGACGGCGGCGAAGCUGAAGCAGAGCAAGCUCGAGACGCGCCGCGGGCAGUGGCUGUCGCAUGCGCAAGGCAAGGACGUGAAGGAGGCUAAGGUUGCGUCUUCGCCAACAGGAGCAGGAUCAAAUGCUGGGUCACCAAUCCUCGCUUCCCCGCACCCUCCACUCCCUCGUCGGCGUGCAGAUACGAGGUCAAGGGGAAGUGAUGCGGAGGACAGGGAGGAAACAGGUGCUGCUGGGCUAGAGGUAGGCGGCACUGACCUCGACUCCCCCAUGCAUAGCCCUGGCUCAAACAAUUCCCAAGGUGUUGGGUGCCCUUUGAGGAAGGGGUGCUCCGGCGAUGCUGGUGGUCCUAGCCUCAGCAGUGGAAGCAGUGUAUGGUCCAGCUCGAGAAGUGUGAGUGAUGCCGAGGAGGAUGAUACGGGCUGCCCUGAGGAUGAGAGCGAAGUCUUGGAUGAUUGGGAAGCGGUUGCUGACGCACUUUCUGUUGAUGACAGUCAUUGCCACCAGAGUUCAGGUCCCAUGAUGCCCCCAGCAGCUCCUACAAAUGCAACACCUGUCAAUGAAGCAAGACCUGAACCAACUCAGAGCAAAACAAGAGCUUGGGCACCUGAUGAUAUAUUUCGUCCACAAAGCUUACCCAGUAUCUCCAAGCAGGCCAGCUUCCCUGCGAGCAUCGGAAACUGCUGGGUGGGGAUGGGGAUGGGGAUGGGUGCUGCGCAGCAGAGUAUCCUCUCCUUGCCAUUGUCGUGUCCGAUAUGCUACGAGGAUCUUGACCCAACGGAUUCGAGCUUCCUCCCCUGCCCUUGUGGGUUUCACCUGUGUCUCUUCUGUCACAAGAGGAUCCUUGAGGCGGAUGGGCGCUGCCCAGGUUGCAGGAAGCAAUACAACACAGUUUCUGCAGCUGAAGGUGGCGGCGGUGGCGGUGCAAAAGCAACAACAGUUGGGAUUGGACGAGAGAUGGCAAAUGUAGCACCAGUGCGGCUAUCCCGUUCUUGUAGCAUGGGCCCAAGAUACUAGAUUGUGCCAGGGUUAUACUAGCUCUGUGUUGUAGCUCCACUCUUUGCAUGUUACUGUCAGAUAUGCUAGUUUUUUCGCGUAUCGUCUGCAUUUGGUAUAAAGAAAUGUGAAUAUUCGAAUAGGUGAUGAAUCCAUAGACUUAUCCAGAAACUCAACUUUUUUGAGACUGUUCCCAUUGCAUGUGAUGCAUAUGUUGCUUGAGAGGAGUGUUUGUUGUUUACUGUUUGUGAGAUAAUGGAGUAUAUAUGCUAUAUACAGUGACUGUUA